UCGUCUAUUUUCCCGUACGUCCAGACCGGUGCUUCUCUGCUAAGAUCUCCUCGUCAGCUUGGCGAUUCUCUUUCGGAAUCCACUGCUGUGGAUCAAAUCCCAGGGUUACCAACUUCCAACAAAGCCUUUGUAAACGAUACACAGCAUGUCGACAGUUGUGAAACUGAUCAGUGUGAAGGAUCCAACCGAAGUUCAAUGACUGCGUGUUGCCGUUGUGGUCGUAUUGUUCUUCAAACCUUUCCCGUUGAUCCUCACUCAAAUAUCAGUGCAGUCGUCUGUGAAAAGCUAGUUUAUUCUGAGAAUCGGUACUCAACUCCUAGUUCCCAGAAAACUCAUGAUAGCAUUAUUCAUUCGCAAUGUUCAUCUAACCAAGAUCCCCAUACUCCCACAGAUCAUCCUUCUUAUCAGUUUGGCUUAUCGCUAUUAAGCUCUCGUCCGUCUGGUGCAACGUCUCUAUCUAACUUAUCCAGAAAUGUAGACGCUAGAAAGUCAGAAACUGUUGGAAGAUCAGUAAACGCCGUGCUUCAUUGGAUUGACCAAACUGGGAGUAAUUCUGUAUUAAAUGCGAUGAAUCGUAGUAUAACUGAAGUUAUAACUGGUCUCUUUGUUGACAUGGGUGAAUAUGGAUCCGCCUCUAGUCUUCAAGAUGUUACACAUCGUAUUUGCCGGUGGGAACCGAGUUUAUGUAGUCCUAUCUAUAACACUCCUUAUUUGUCUUCAUCUGGUGAACGUGAUUCAGCAAGAAGUGCGUGCUCACCCAUGCCAACCAAUGUUGCUGUUGCUGUAUCAUAUAUUUAG